AUGAAAGCCGUACAGAUAGAUGAAUUCGGCGGGCCCGAGGUAAUGCAAUACCGGGACAUCGCCGAAUUGACUCCUGGUGAAGCAGAUGCCUUGGUGGAGAUUCAGGCAGUCGGCGUCAACUUUACCGAUAUUUACAGCCGAGCUGGUAUCAACCCUGGGCCGCCCUUGCCCCGGACAAUAGGAGUAGAAGGCGCGGGUGUUGUUCGGGCUGUUGGGUCGGGCGUAACCGACCUGAGGGAGGGCGAUGUUGUCGCUUACAGCAGCAGCCAGGGAUCCUAUGCAGAACAGGCAGUCGUCCCUGCAGCCCGGUUGGUGAAAAUGCCAGAAGGCCUCGGCGCCAAAGAAGGUGCUGCUGCAAUGCUCCAGGGCAUGACGGCUCAUUACCUUUGUCACUCCACCUACCCGGUGCAGCCUGGCGACAAAGUGCUAGUUCACGCCGGCGCCGGUGGGGUAGGCUUGCUCCUUAUCCAGAUGGUCAAGAAAUUGGGGGGGUAUGUCUUUUCAACAGUAUCCACGGAAGAAAAAGCUGAACUGGCUCGGAGUGCAGGCGCCGACCACGUUAUUAUCUAUACCCAAGAAGACUUUGCAGAUGUUAUCAAGGAUGCAACCAACGGCGCGGGUUUGCAGGCGGUCUACGAUGCCGUAGGCCUCACGACGUUUGACAAGAGUAUCAGUUGCCUGGCCAGGCGAGGCUACAUGGUCCUUUACGGUCAGGCCAGUGGCGUUGUGCCGCCCAUUGACCCCAGGAUCUUAGGCAAUGGCUCCCUGUAUUUGACCCGCCCGGGUCUAGGUGAUUACACGGUGACCCAGGAAGAAUUGCGACAGCGGGCCGGAGAUGUUUUGGGGUGGGUACUUUCCGGUGAAUUGAAGCUAAGGGUGGAACACCUUUUCCAACUUGCGGAGGCCCCUGAGGCUCACCGGCAGUUGGCGUCCAGGGCAACCACGGGUAAGCUCCUGUUGAUCCCUUAA